AUGCCUCUUAAAAAUGAAACAGCCGUCAAGAAUGAGCUUAAAAUUACUAAGCUCUAUAAACUACCUCCUUCACCUAGCCCCCAGAAGCCAUAUAAACUACCUCUUUCACCUAGUCCCCAGAAGCCCUAUAAACUACCUCCUUUACCUGGCCCUCAGAAGCCCUAUAAACUACCUCCAUCACCUAGCCCUAAGAAGCCCUAUAAACUACCUCAUUCACCUAGCUCCCAGAAGCCCUAUAAACUGCCUCCUUCACAUAGCCCUCAGAAGUCCUAUAAAUUACCUCCUUCACCUAACCAUCAGAAGCCCUAUAAAUUACCUCCUUUACCUAGCUCCCAGAAGCCCUAUAAACUACCUCCUCCACCUAGCCCCCAGAAGCCCUAUAAACUACCUCUUUCACCUAGACCCCAGAAGCCCUAA